AUGGCAGAACGUGGUGCGGGAUGGUGCCACAUAGCUUUCACGCUUUGUCAAAUACCGGCGAUGCAAGAAUAUGCUGCUCCACAAAGGUCGUUUUGGCGACGACAUGGUUUGCGAUUCCCUGGACGGGUCAAGAUAGUGUCGAGAAGGACGCAGGAGGAUACACGAUCACAUGGUGCUGGAAGCAACGCUGCCCGUUUUCAAUAUACCACCCUCGUUAUUCAGGAAACACGACAUCGUGAAGCAGUUACCUCACCACCAGAAUACGCAUCGUCACCAACAAAGUCAUCGUCUCCUUCAAAAUCCAGUUCCAAAGUGUUACAGAACAUGCCAUCACCACCUUCACAAAAGCAGCGAUCAUCAUCAUCACCGCACAAGUCUUUUGAUGCAUUCCUCAAAGAUACCAACGACGAGUGGAGUGAUGAAUUAGGAUAUGACAUGGUGGAUAAAGCAAAGCCUCUCUCAACAUCACCGACUUCAUCGAAAGCGAUGGAUCACCUGCAACAACAACAACAACAACACCACCAACAGGAAAAGCAACCACAGGAUCCCAAUGAUUCUUUAUCAACCGACACGUCUAAUGUGAGCAAGCCAAACAUUGAAACGCUGCUUCAAGAUCCCACGCAUCUUGUUUAUUGCACUGAUCCUGAAAGAACAAAGGACCCUGCCAAGACAAAGAAGUUUAAGGAUAUUCUUGCGGAGCCUAAUGUGGAUCUAGCUGCCUUGAAGAAAGUGAGUUGGAGUGGUAUACCCAAAGAGCUACGACCUGUGGCAUGGCAACUUUUACUUGGAUAUCUUCCUUGCAACAUGGCACGGCGGGCAGAGACACUUGCGAGAAAAAGGAAAGAAUACGUGGAUAGCGUGACAGCAUCUUACGCAAAAGGAGUGGCUGGCUUGGAUCAAACACUAUGGCAUCAGAUCCAUAUUGAUAUCCCGAGAACCAAUCCUGGGGUACCGCUAUACCAAUAUGAGGCCACACAACUGUGUCUUGAACGCAUCUUGUACCAAUGGGCAAUACGACAUCCAGCCAGUGGCUAUGUACAAGGAAUCAAUGAUUUGGUGACACCCAUAUUCGAAGUCUUCUUGUCAGCUUAUAUUGAUGAAAACCCUGAAGGAUACAACGUGAGCAAGCUGGAUCCAGAAGUGCUCAAUGUGAUCGAGGCGGAUAGUUUUUGGUGUUUGUCCAAGCUGCUUGAUGGUAUCCAAGACAAUUACACGUUUGCACAGCCUGGUAUCCAGCGACAGGUGGCCAUCCUCAAGGACCUUGCUACACGAAUUGAUUCACGAUUGACCACGCACCUGCAAGAUGAGGGUGUGGAGUUUAUUCAGUUUGCAUUUAGGUGGAUGAAUUGCUUGUUGAUGCGUGAAUUGCCACUAAGGUGUACGGUGCGGAUGUGGGACACUUACCUUGCCGAGGGGUCCUCCGAAGGAUUUUCAGAAUUCCAUGUAUAUGUUUGUGCAGCUUUCUUAGUCAAGUGGUCAUCGCAGCUGCGUAGCCAGGAUUUCCAGGGUAUCAUGCUCUUUCUUCAACAACUACCCACUCAAAAUUGGCAAGCCAAGGAUGUUGAAUUGCUUUUAUCGGAAGCUUACAUGUGGAAAACUUUAUUUCACAAUGCUCCCAGCCACCUCAAGUAG